CGGCGCGAGAGUAGUGAGACGGCAGCGGCGUGCGCUUCGCGUUCCGGUCAGUCAGCGUAUACCACCGGUGGUAGCGGCGGCUUCGGCGGCGGCGGUGGUUGCAGUUGGUGUGUCGUCAUCGCGGACGAGCGUAUAAAAUAAUUGUUAUUAUUGCCAUCAUUUUAUUAUCGCCCGCCGUGUCGCAUAGGUAAUCGUCGCGUUUACGUCGACAAUACAAUCGAUUGUAAAACAUACGACCGUUACGGCAUCGCGACACUAGUGGUGGCCAUCACUGCACACGCCACAUUGACAAUUUUGUUUUUUUAACAAUUGUCGCGACAAUAUUUACGCGGUGCGUGUCUGCGAGCUCGCGUGUCUCUAGAGCACAAUCCAAGCGGAGACUCCGUGUACUCGUGACUGAGAAUAAUAUUCGUCUAGGUCGUCGUCACUGAGAGAACUACAGAUAUCGCGCGGCGAUGGACCAGGUGGUCGACCUGAACGUCGGUGGCGUGUUCUACACCACGGCCGCGUCCACGCUGGUGCAAGCGCAACCGUCGCUGUUGGCCGACCGGUUCAGCGGCCGGCUCGACCCGCUACCCAAGGACAGCAAGGGCCGGUACUUCAUCGACCGGGACGGCGUGCUGUUCCGGUACGUGUUGGACUUCCUGCGGGACGGCAAGCUGUCGCUUCCCGAGAGCUUUCGGGAAAAGGAGCGGCUCCGGCUUGAAGCGGCCUACUACCGGCUGGACGGUCUCACCGAGCGGCUCCGCGAACAGAGGCCCGGCUACAUCACCGUCGGUUAUCGCGGCACGUUCGCAUUCGGCCGGGACGGGCUGUCCGACGUCAACUUCCGCAAGAUACCCCGGAUACUGAUAUGCGGCCGCGUGCAACUGUGUCGCGACGUGUUCGGCGACUCGCUCAACGAGAGCAGGGACCCGGACCACGGCGACACGGAUCGGUACACGGCCAGGUUCUUUCUGAAACACACGUCUAUCGAACAGGCGUUCGACAUGCUCCAGGAACAAGGGUUCUAUAUGGCCGGCAGUUGUGGAUCGGGCACGGCUGGUGGCACAUCCGCUGCCGAACUCAAACCUGGCGUGGACUCGGAGGAAUGCCGUUGGAAUCAUUACAAUGAGUUCGUAUUCGUCAGGGAUUCAUGAAUUUCGACCACCGACACCGUCACCAUGACGAGAUGACGAGGGUAACGCGCGCCCUUCGUCAAAUCAUUCAUAAUUUAUGACAUCUCAGACCAAACAUAUUAUUAUUAUCAUUAUUAUUAUAAUAAUAUUUUGUAGAUAAU